UCUCUUGACAAACUAGAGAACAGUCUCUAAAAUACAGAAAUCGAUCUAAAAUCUUCAGGAAUUACUGUUAUUUUAAUUCAACAGGGUUAAAAAGUUCGCAGGAAAAAACAGCAUUACCGAACAAGUCUGAUUUUCUGUUGCAUCUCUUGGACGAGGCAAGAUAAAACAUGCAGUUUUUCUCUUUUGUUGUUUUCAAAAACCUUUUGACAUGUGUGCUGUGUUGGGUGUCUGAAAAAUGUUUUGUCUAUGAAGAUUACUUGGAUGUAAAAUUAGUAGGGAACUGUCCAAAAAGUAACCUAACAGGAUAUUGUAGAGGCGUCUCCAACGUGGCACUCGAUCUUGCUGGGAUUCCACCCCAUCUUGAGGUCCUCUGUGUGGACCUUAUGAAGGAUUCAAGUCUGCAUCCUUAUUCUUUCUCAAGGUUUCAGAAACUCAUGAAGUUAAAAAUCUUUGGAGAAAUCUCUACCAUCCACCCUGGAGCAUUUAAAAAUCUUUCAAGUUUGCAACAUCUGGAAAUUUACAGCUUACAAUCUUUAAAUCUCUCCCUUUCGUCUGAGAUUCUCAAUGACCUUCAGAAUGCCACAACUCUUUUAUUCAUCAACUGCAGGCUCUCGUCCAUGGCAACAGACGUGUUCAAAGGAAUGAAGAAGUUAGAACAACUCGCAUUCAUAAACAGCACAGAAGACUUUUCUGAGUUGUUAUGCAGAUUAACAUUUGUGUCAUCGUCAUUAAACUAUUUAUAUGUGGAAUCUGAGAGUUUAGUUAUUGACAGGCCAAAUUGCACUUUUUCUAAUGGGACUUCAUUUGAUGUUAUGUUUCAUGGAAUUGAGAAGGUCAGUCUUAUUCUUGGUCCUGUUAGACUAACAGAUAAAACAGUGUUGAAAUACUUCAAGAACAUUAAUAUUUUAUCAAUAAAAUUUACUGAUUUUGAAGUUUUACAACCUGCAAUUACAAAAGUGGAAUAUUUAGUAGUAAGAUAUUCCGAGAAGUUAAGCAGCUUUGAAGAAAUCUGUGAAACUGCACAUAAACUUUUGUCAACUGCAUUGAGUGUAAAUUUCUUAUAUAUAACUGAUUCUUUUGUGCCCAAUUUAGAUAAAUGCAUGUGGCUUGAAAGCUUGGAAAUAUGUGCAAAUGAACGUCAAGCUAAAUCAAUUAAUUUAACAUUCAUCAGCGUUCUGAGAAACCUUAAAUCAUUAACGAUUCAUUGGAGGCUUACGACAGAGAGUAAAAAUAGAGAUAGGGCUUUGGCACUGUGUGAAAAUCAGAGUGAUCUUGUCACAAAACUCAAGACAGUGAGCCUUCAUACAAACAAUUUCCAAAAUAUCAGCUACCAACAUUUUAGUUGCCUGCGAGAGCUUGAGGAACUGCAAUGGGUGAACAGCAACAUAGAACAUAUUGAAGAUUUUACAUUUAACAAUACAUGUUUGCUUAAAACUUUGGACCUUAGUAAUAACAAAAUAUCUCAACUUACAAAAUAUACCUUCUUCGGUUUAUCUAACCUAAAAACUCUCCUAAUUAAUGACAAUAAGUUGCUUCUCAUUGAGCCAGUGACUUUACUUCAUUUAACAUCUGCAGAGUUUGUAAGUUUGGGAGUCUUUCAGUAUCCCUCCUCUGAACCUUCAAAGAUCUGGAUCAACCUCAGUCUUCCUGAAAAUCUGACUAAGUUGUACAUCAGCUCUGGAUUAAAACCAAUGACCCUUCUUUUAAGCAAGAGCAGGAAAUCUGAAGCGGGCCUCAGCCUGCAUGUUUGUGGCCAGUCUGUGACUUUUCAGGAUUGUGACAAUACGCUUUUCAAAUCUCUUGUCCAUUUAACUGCAGAGACAGAGCAGUUGCUCUGUGGUCAAUCUUUUCCUGGUCAAUUCCUCAAGUCUCUGAGACAUUUUUUGAUCAUAGCAAAACAGAAGCCGGCACAAAUGGACUUGACUGAUUUGAACCAACUGGUCAACCUGAAGAGUCUGAUCCUUUUUAAUGUAGAUUUGUCUCCUCAGUCUGGUCUUGAUAUGAUUUUUCAUAACCUCUCAAAUUUGGAGUAUCUAUAUGUUUCUUUGUGGUCAGUAACUUUUUUCAAUAAAGACUUGACCAGAGACCUGCAGUCACUAAAAGUGCUAUUUUUACAUGCAGAUGAUGUGUUCAGUGUGAUGGAAAACUUUGUAGAGCCCCUGAAAAACCUUCGAUAUCUUAUCAUGGAUAAAGCACUUCUAUACUGUAGCUGUGACAAUGCUUGGAUUACCAAUUGGGCAAAGUAUCAGCAGAGUGUUCAAGUGUAUUUCCCUGGGAGCUCACUGGAAAGUCUGCCAUGUAAAACUUCACAUGGAAAACAGUUUCUGCAUAAGUAUGCUCAAGACCACUGUUUAACUGAUAUCGACUUUCUCCUUUUUGCCUCCACCUCUCUGGGACUGGUGUUCUUCAUGCUGGUAGUGCUGCUCCAUCAGCUGGCUGGAGAUUAUCUGCUUGCUUUCUUUCACAUAGCUCGUGCCUGGGUAGAGGAGGCCAUGAGGGCAAACAGAAAAGGACAUUACCACUUCGAUGUUUUUGUGUCCUACUGCGGGAAAGAUGAGCGCUGGGUGGUGGAUGAACUUCUCCCCAACCUGGAGAAACGUGGACCCCCUUUCCUCAGGCUUUGCCUGCACAGCAGGGACUUUGAGCUAGGAAAGGACAUUGUGGAGAAUAUCACAGACAGCCUCUACAGAAGCCGACAUACCCUCUGCCUGGUUAGCCGCAACUACCUUCGGAGUAAAUGGUGCUCUUUGGAGAUGCGUUUGGCAACUUACAGAUUGCUGGUUGAACACAGGGACGUUCUUGUUCUGGUGUUCCUGGAGAAGGUUCCUCAUCAACUCUUAAAUGUACAUCAUAGACUGUCCAGGCUGGUGAAGACCCAGACCUACAUAGACUGGCCGCAAGACCCAGCUCUGCAUAAUGCAUUCUGGGAUAGACUAUGGACAAAGCUUGCACCUGAAACUGCAACUUAGAAUCAAAUAUAUUAAUCUUUUACCAUAAUGUUCCUCAACGUACCAUCCUUCUUCCCAGUUAAUUAGUUCAUUGUGGGAGUUUGUGAUUCAGUUUAAUGACAAUGUUCAAUGGAUUUUAAACUAAUAUAUUAUAAGGCUAAUGGCAUAUUUAAGUGGACAGGACCUUUAUUCAUCAGGGUUUGAUUGUCUUGUGAAGAGUGGGCAUACCAAAACAAACAUGGUAUCCUGCAGUUGAUUGUGGAGGAUUGUUACCUCCCACAACACCACAGCACUUGAGGAGGUGGAAACUGAUGAUAUCCUGUUAUGGUGCAAUGAAGAUAUAAAGAAAGUGGAUAUAAAGUUAAUCCCAGGUUGUUUAAAACUAGGAAAAAAGGCUUUUGCUUCUUUUGCACCCUAGUCAUGGAAUAAUCUUCAAAACACAUUACAGCUUAAUCACUUUGUUACACUGGGUGAGUUUAAGGUUCUGAUAAUAAUAAUAAUAAUAAUAAUAAUAAUAAUAAUAACAAUAAUAAUAAUAAAAUAAAAAUUAAAAAAAAGUUGUAUAACGGAAGGAUGUAAUUGUUAUUCAUAUCUGGAUUUUGUAUUAUGCAUCAUUAUUUUUGUCUGUAUUUUUAUGUUUGUUUUUGUGGUUUUGACUUUAAAGUUUGUUACUCUGUAAUGGCAUGCCUUUUUGGCCAGGUCCCCCUCUGAAAAGAGAAUUAAGCUGAAGGGACUUCUUGGUUAAAUAAAGGUUAAAUAAAAAAAUUAUUAACAUUUGGCAGAUUCUUUUAUUAAAAGCAAGUUACAAAAGUGCUUUGAAGUCUCUAUCAAUAAAACAUUCUCACACUGGUUCACUAGGUCAGGGACUGAGAGUACUCAGACUAAAUAUCAUCCAGAUCCUCAGCCUCAACUACUUUUGUUCAUCAUGCAAAAGAUUAAUGGUGUCCAUGCAUUAACUAGCACUGACUCAAAGAAAUUAUAGAUUUCACCAUCGCCUGCUUUUGGUGCCUGCCUUGUCAAUUCAAGUGAAUAGAUUUUGUUUGGUUACUGUUUCCAAAUCCAGGUAGGAGA